UCGUGUCUGCGCAUGUCGGCUUCCUCUGGCGUCCGCACCAUCCGCAUAUAAACCCACGUGGUUCGGAGCUUGCUUCAGUCGCAUUUCAUCAAGUCUGAGAUCUAGUUCCAGUUAUUCAACAGUUUCUUCUCCAUCUUUUUGGACUUUCGUGUGCAUCAUGUCUGGCAGAAGAAGUAGCAGAAAAACCAGGAAGAAUCCUCCAGUGAGUGAGCAGCCACAACAGCCUCCCCAGGCAGAGGAAGAGGCUCAAAAGGUAGAAGAAGAGGGACCAUCCCUGGCAGAGCUGACGGUUCCCCCACCCCCCAAAGAUGACCGUGGCAAGGGACGUGGAAAAAAGGGCAAGGCAAGGGACAAGAGGAAGCGUAGAGAUUCCCAUGAAGACAGUGAUGCUGAGGAGGUCCAGUCGGAGGCAGCCCAGGAGGAGGCAGACUCGGAGGAUGAGGCAGAGUCAGAGGUGCCUGUGACAGAGAAGAAGCGGAGGAAAGCCAAGGCCCCAGCUGUGAAGCUGACCCCAGAGCAGGAGGAGGACAUCUCUGAGUGGCUCAAGCUGAACCCUUGGCUGUGGGACAAAAAUGAGAAGGACUAUAGGCUCCGAGACACCAAGCAGGGCGGAUGCAAUGACAAGGCUGCAGAGAUGGGUCUGACUGCAGCCGAGUUGCGGCGCCGUAUCAAGACUCUGAAAGACAUUGCUGUGAAGGCGCUGAAGCCUCCCCCCUCCGGUGCAGGUGGCAGGAUCUGCACCCCCCAGCAGCAGAGAUGUGUGGAGCUGUUUGGCUUUUUGGCCAAGAAGGUGGUGAGGAGGCCAGGCCGGACCACACUGAAAGGAGUGCAGCCCAGACCUCUGGUGCAGGUGCAGGAGGAGGUCCAGGAGGAGGAGGAGGGCACGGACGAGGAGAGCCGGAUAGAGCUGACUGGUGACAUCCCACCACAGCCCCGGAGGAGGGACAGGAGGAGGGGGGCUGCCAUCAAGGAGCAUGAGGACCUGCUCGAGGCGAUGAGGCGCAGUCUGGCUGAUUCCUCAGCCAUCACUCAGAGGGUGGAGAGUGCACUGGGGACUGCUGCCCCUCCCCCCACAGACCCGAGGCUGCUGGAGAGACACACAUAUGGCCAGUGGUUGAUGUCCAUCCUGCCCAGCAUAGCUGAUGACCACUGGUUUGCUUUCAGGCGGGACAUCAACAAGAUUGUGGACCACUUCCAGGAAAUCAGUGUUACCAGUCAGAGGCCAGCUGCCCAGUCUGCUCAGUCAGCCCAGUCACUACAGACAGCACAGCAGGGUAUGGCACUGUUCCACGCUAUGGAUCAACCAGCCACCCAGACCUCACAGCAGCAGCAGCAGCAGUUCUUCAAGCCUCCUUCUACCAGUCAGUUUGUCUCCACCUCCACCUCUUCCACUUCCUGUGAGCAGAUGCCAGACUGGCAGAGGAAGUACCAGAGAGCAGACCAGGACUUCCUAAUCCCUAAGGGGCAGACGACCUUCACCCCAGCCCAGCUCAGUUACCUCCCAGAACCCAACCAGGUGACCAGGAUUGUCAGGGUGCAGCAUGUGCCACAUGCACAUCAGCAGCAGCAGUUAGUUGUACCAGGAAAGUUGCCACAGAAGACUUUCGCACAUUUACGCCCUGUUAGAGUGCCCACGGCAACUGCCACUGCCACCACCGGAGCUGCCGCCCUGUCUUUCAGUCCAGCUGUGAGGCAGGAGCGGUCUCAGUCAGCCCCCAGCAUGCAGUCAAGCAUGGACUUAGGUUCGAGCACCCCUGAAGCAUCUCCAUUGCCAGAUCCGUCCCCUCAGUCGACGGGACUAGGAGAUUCAUUCAGCAGCCUCUUGAAGGACUUAGAGUGA